UGUAAAUCCUUUUGGACUCUCCAAUGAGGGGAGGUGAGCGCUGCCAUAUCAGAACUGAACGGGAUUUGCCUCAGGACCAGGCCAGCCCCCAACAACGUCGUGGUCUUCAACCAACCUAAGGUCACUCCAGCUUGUUCAGCACAUUGUCUGAUGCUCGCCAAAGUGGAGGAACAUUUGAGACACCUGAGCCAGUGUGAUUUCCAUUCAAAGCAGUGAGAAAGGCCCCCUCCAUCAAAAUGAGCACUGAAAGGGAGGAACAGGUCAUCAACACCUGCUACACCACCAUCCACACGUUAGACAACCAAAAGGACAAAAAGCAAAAGAGGGUCCAGUACAUGAAGAAGGAUGGCAAGUUCCCUGUGAUGUUCCUGAAGGCUCCGGGAGACUGGAGCACAUACUUUGUGGAUAUCUUCACCACUCUUAUAGAAAUCCGCUGGAGGGUCAUGUUCCUCAUCUUUUUCCUGUCCAACAUUAUCUCUUGGCUCCUCUUUGGCCUUGGUUACUGGCUCAUUGCAUAUGUCAAUGGAGACACGGAAAGUCUGGAGAACAAACCCUGUGUGGAAAACGUCAGAGGAUUUACCGGGGCUUUUCUGUUCUCAGUGGAAACCCAAGCAACCAUAGGUUAUGGCUUCAGGUAUAUGAACGAGUACUGUAUUGUUGCCAUUGUAGUUGUGACAGUUCAAGAUUUAUUCAGUUGCUUCCUUGAUACCAUAAUUAUCGGCAUCGUUCUGGCCAAGAUGGCCUCCGCUCGAAAAAGGGCUCAAUCGGUGGGUUUCAGCAAGUUUGCCGUGGUCAAUCUUCGAGAUGGAGUUCUUUGUCUGUCAUGGCGCCUCGGGGACUUCCGAGGCAAUCACAUUCUGGAGGGGGUCGUCACAGCUCAGCUAGUCCGAUGCAUGAAGCGGCCGCAGGGUUUCAUCGCGUGGUCAUACCAAGAUCUCCAGAUUGAGGAGCCAGAAAUCGCCCUCACGACCCCGGUUACUAUCAUCCACAAGCUGGAACCAGGAAGUCCGCUUUACAGCCUGGAUCCAGACGAGCUGCUGGAGGAGAACUUUGACCUGGUCGUCUCUUUCACUUAUACAGGAGACUCUACUGGAAUGCUGCACCAGACACGCACAACCUACACACCAGCAGACAUCCGCUGGGGUCAGCGCUUCAAGGACAUUUUAAAGGUGGGCAAAAAGCACUACAAGGUAGACUACGCCUUCUUCAACAAAACCACAUGGGUGCCAGUGCCCAUGCUGAGCGCAGAGGCACUUAACAGGAAGAGACAUCCUGACGAUGGGCAUUUGCCAUCAGUCAAAAGAAAAGGCGGCACUGGGCAUGUGACUCUAGAAAUCAAUGAAGAACCAGUGCUGCAGACUUUUUUGUAACCCACAAGGUGCACAACACGUUGAAAUGACCUAAAACAGCAUUUUAAAUAAGUUUAAGAAGUCCUGUUUUUGUAUAUAUUGCCCGAUGGAAGGAGCACCUAUUUUCCCAUAACUUUCACUUUGCAAGUCAAUAUUAUUUUCAUAAGAUUUCACAUCAAGGUGUCGUUGCUUAGAUGCAGCUCGCACGAAAAUGAAAUCCUGUGUGAACUAGCAGGUGGUGAGAAUAGAUGAAAAGACUGACUUCAUUCGCCAAAACUUGUAUCUCCUGAAAAAGAUAAAAACUGAACAAAAAAAGUGGCUUUUAUAUGAAAUGUGUGUUCUCUGUGACCAUCAAACUUUUUAUUAAAGCAGAAAUAAAUCAGCCCAGUGAUGUUAAAGAGUUGUAAAUAUUUGUAUUUGUGAAAGCUUAUCUAUAUUUAAUGUUUGCACAAUGUAUUCUGUGUUGUCUGUGUGACAAAAGUUCAAUAAAUCAGUUUCAAUAAGUCAGUUUUCUUUUUUUUCUUCUUCGUCACAGUGAUGGAACUAUCAGGUAAACUAGAUCAGAUUGAAAGUAUUUGACACAAACAGCUUGGAAUUGAACUCUUUGUAGGUAAUAGCGCCACCUGGUGUUUGCUUAGGGCAAUACCAGUGAUUAUAGCUUUCAUUUGGAGAAAGUCUCCACCUGAUUAUGAAAAUCUACCACAAAAAUGCUCAGAAUUACUUGUAAUGUAUAAGUUUCGUAAUUUUAUAUUGUUAUUCUCGCAGUUUCACAGUUUUCAUGUCAAUAUCAUCACAUUCCAAACGAGAAAAAAAACAUUUGAAAUGUAUUUAAAGUUUGUAGAAAAAGGGUCCAAAAUGAAAUCAU